UGUUGAAUCAUGUAAACAACAGUUAUAUCAACAGUUAUUAUGUAUAGAAAAUGUAUACAUCUACUUGUUUUUUUCACAAGGCUCCUCACAUAACCUGAAGAGUAAUAUACAGAUUUCUUUAGUUACUUAGUUUAGUUUUUCAAAAUCAUAGUAAAUAACAACAUGUCAUCAAAUAAAAGGGUGUUGAUGGUAUGUUUAGGAAACAGUUGUCGUUCGCCAAUAGCAGAAGCAAUAUUUUGUGAUGAAAUAAGAAAAAUGGAUCGUUCUGAUUUUUGGGAAGUAGACAGUGCUGCACUUUUACAGUAUCAUGUAGGUAAGAGUCCAGAGCCUAGAGCCAUGGCCAUACUCAAAAAUAAAGGUAUCACAUAUUAUACUCACACAGCAAGGCAGAUAACAAAAGAAGAUUUCUAUAACUUCAAUUGGAUUUUUGGAAUGGAUAAUGGGAUAGUUUAUGAUCUUUAUCAAAUGCAGCCAGAAGAUAGUCAAGCAAAAAUUGAACUCCUUGGGAAAUAUGAUCCGAAUGGAGAAUUAAAUAUAAGAGAUCCAUUAUUUGAUAUCGAUAGUGCUGGAUUUGAGAAAGCAUUUGAACAAGCUUUGCGAAGCAUAAAAGCAUUUCUAGAGCUACAUACAGACCCUGUUACCGAACAUUUAAAAUGAUCAAAACUAUACUACAUAAAUGGCUAAACUGUGUGGUAUGUUUAGGCGCAUACAAAAAUAAAUUACCUUUAUUUAACUUUA